CCCUCCCUUUUCCCUCCUUCCUCCGUAGAGUCACGUGACACCAGCGGCAAGAAGCUGCAAACGGCUCUGAGACCGGGGCUGCGCGAGCCUCAUCAUCAUCAUCAUCAUCACCGCCACAACCGCCGCAACGACAGCAUAGAGAGCCGACCGAAACCGGGGUCUUUACCGAUUCAAGGAGCCGGGCGUCAUGGCGGGCCCCCGUUAAACCAAGAGCCACAUUUAUCCUCUUUGUUCUCGCAGUCUUCACGCGCCUCCGCCGAGGAGGGGCCGCCAGGAGAAGCUCUCCUUUUCCGAGCGGAGGAGAAGGAGGAGGAGGCAGGAGGAGAUACAGCAGCGGCGGCAGCGGAGGUAACAGUCGAACCGGGGAGGUGCUUUCUACGGUACGAGCCGAAUGGCGGACCGCGAGGCGUCGCCGAUACCGCUGGAGAUCCGAGCUCGGCUGGCGGAGCUGGAGCUGGAGCUGUCAGAGGGGGACAUCACUCAGAAGGGUUAUGAGAAGAAGAGGUCCAAGCUGAUCAGGGCAUAUGUUCCACAUGCUGGAGGUAUGGAGGGGCCAAUGUCUCACCGGGCCCCCCUCGGCCCUCCCUCUGCGGCCCGUUUCCACCGACGGAGAACCUCCGGCACCAGAGAUGAGCGCUACAGAUCAGACGUCCACACUGAGGCGGUGCAGGCUGUGUUGGCGCGACACGUUGAGAGGAAGGUGGCGGUACCCAUGCCCUCCAAGAGACGCUCGCUGGUGGUGCAGACCUCCAUGGAUGCAUACACGCCUCCAGGCCUGUCCCCCCUGUGCUCAGACUCCUCGUCGGGCUCAGAGGAGGAGGCGGGGCCAGGUGACGACAUGUCGGGCAUGGAGCACUGGAUGAGCCGCCCUUCCCAGCUAGGCCCCGCCCACCUAGGCUCCACUUCCUCCUCCUCCUCGUCCACGCAGAGCGGAGGCAGCGGUAAUGCCGGACGGCUAGCCGACUCGCUGGCGCACAUGCACAUCUCACACCUGGCGCACACGCACCUGGCGCACCUGGGCCAGUCGCACCACCAGCAGAGCCACCUGUCACAGUCGCACCACGGUAUCGGCCACCUGUCUCUGAAGAGGAAGGGAGCUCUUAGUAUAGCAGAGAACGGCGGCUCUCUGCGACGGUCCUGUGAGUUUGGCUCCGACAUGCUGUGGCCUCCGCCGCUGGAGUCAGAGGAGAACCACUCGGCCCCGCCGGACGUGACGGGAUACUCGUCGGACUCGUCCCACUCCCACACUGAGCGUCACCACAUGGCCAAUAUGGGAACCAUUGCCAGGAACACGCAGAAAUACGGCAACGCGGAGCGCAUGGAGACAGGCGAUGGUGUUCCGGUCAGCAGUCGCGUGUCGGCUAAGAUCCAGCAGCUGGUGAACACGCUGAAGCAGCCUCGCAGACCUCCACUACGAGAGUUCUUUGUUGAUGACUUUGAUGAGCUUUUAGAAGUCCAGCAACCCGACCCUAACCAGCCUCGGCCGGAGGGGGCGGAGAUGAUGCCAGUGCGAGGAGAGCCGCUGGGGGUGGUCACUAACUGGCCUCCUUCUCUGGAGGCGGCUCUCCAACGCUGGGGAACCAUCUCCCCAAAAGCCCCCUGCCUCACCAGCCUGGACACAGCAGGGAAGCCCCUCUAUGUGCUCACAUAUGGGAAGCUGUGGUCUCGCAGCAUCAAGCUUGCCUACAACAUCCUCCACAAACUGGGCAGCAAGCAGGAGCCCAUGGUGCGACCGGGCGAUCGGGUGGCGUUGGUGUUUCCGAACAACGACCCAGUGGCCUUCAUGGUGGCCUUUUACGGCUGUCUGCUGGCAGAGGUGGUCCCUGUUCCCAUAGAGGUGCCCCUAAGUCGCAAGGAUGCCGGCAGCCAACAGAUUGGAUUCCUGUUGGGCAGCUGUGGCGUUACUGUGGCGCUGACCAGUGAUGCCUGCCAUAAGGGUCUUCCCAAGAGCGCAACAGGAGAGAUCCCACAGUUCAAAGGUUGGCCGAAGCUGCUGUGGUUUGUAACAGAGUCGAAGCACCUGUCCAAACCGCCCAGAGACUGGUUCCCCCACAUCAAAGAUGCAAAUAAUGACACUGCUUACAUAGAGUAUAAAACCUGUAAGGACGGCAGUGUGCUGGGAGUCACUGUGACGAGGAUCGCUCUGCUCACACACUGCCAGGCUCUCACUCAGUCCUGCAGCUACACUGAGGCUGAAACCAUAGUGAACGUGCUGGACUUUAAAAAAGACGUGGGUCUGUGGCACGGCAUCCUGACGAGUGUGAUGAACAUGAUGCACGUGAUCAGCGUGCCCUACUCGCUGAUGAAGGUCAACCCUCUGUCGUGGAUCCAGAAAGUCUGCCAGUACAAAGCCAAGGUGGCCUGUGUGAAGUCCAGAGACAUGCACUGGGCUCUGGUGGCCCACAAAGACCAGAAGGACAUCAACCUGAGCUCGCUGCGCAUGCUGCUGGUGGCCGACGGAUCAAACCCCUGGUCCAUCUCGUCCUGCGACGCCUUCCUCAACGUCUUUCAGACCAAAGGGCUGAGAACUGAAGUCAUCUGUCCCUGCGCCAGCUCCCCUGAGGCCCUGACGGUGGCCAUCAGGAGGCCGGUGGAGGACAGCAGCCAGCCUCCAGGUCGGGGCGUCCUGUCCAUGCAGGGUCUGAGUUACGGCGUCGUCAGGGUCGACACGGAGGAGCGGCUGUCGGUGCUCACUGUUCAGGAUGUGGGGACCGUCACACCCGGAGGCCUGGUGUGUGUAGUAAAGCCAGAAGGCGUGCCCCAGCUUUGUCAGACCGAUGAGAUCGGCGAGCUUUGCGUUUGCUCCAUCGCCACCGGGACAUCAUACUAUGGCCUAACGGGCAUGACCAAGAACACCUUUGAGGUUUACCCGGUGAGCUCCAGCGGAGGGUUGAUCAGUGAGUACGCCUUCGUGCGGACUGGCCUGCUGGGCUUCAUUGGCCCCGGUGGCCUCGUCUUCAUCACAGGCAAGAUGGACGGGCUCAUCAUGGUGAGCGGGCGGAGGCACAAUGCCGAUGAUAUCGUUGCCACCGCACUCGCAGUGGAGCCAAUGAAAUUCGUCUACAGGGGCAGGAUAGCUGUGUUCUCUGUGACAGUGCUGAGAGAUGAGAGGAUCGUGGUGGUGGCCGAGCAGAGACCGGACUCCACGGAGGAGGACAGCUUCCAGUGGAUGAGCCGCGUACUGCAGGCCAUAGACAGCAUCCAUGGGGUGGGCGUCUUCUGUCUGGCUCUGGUGCCGGCCAACACCCUUCCCAAGACUCCUCUGGGCGGCAUCCACCUGUCGGAGAUCAAGCAGCUGUACCUGGAGGGGGGGCUGCACCCCUGCAAUGUCCUGAUGUGCCCCCACACCUGUGUCACCAACCUGCCCAAACCGCGGCAGAAACAGCCAGAGAUCGGUCCCGCCUCUGUGAUGGUGGGAAAUCUGGUGUCAGGGAAGAGGAUCGCUCAGGCCAGCGGCAGAGACCUGGGACAGACUGAUGAUAACGACCAGUUUCUGUUCCUGUCCGAGGUUUUGCAGUGGCGAGCUCAGACCACACCGGACCACAUCCUCUACACCCUGCUCAGCUCUCGGGGGGCAGUGUCCAGCUCUCUCACCUGUCUGCAGCUGCAUAAGAGGGCGGAGCGAGUGGCAGCUCUGCUGAUGGAGAGAGGCGGUCUGCAGGAAGGAGAUCACGUCGCUCUGGUGUACCCGCCAGGUAUAGACCUGAUCGCAGCCUUUUAUGGCUGCCUGUACGCCGGCUGCGUUCCCAUCACAGUGCGACCGCCCCACCCUCAGAACAUCUCCACCACCCUGCCCACUGUUAAGAUGAUUGUCGAGGUGAGUCACUCGGCGUGUGUGAUGACCACCGCCGUCAUCUGUAAGCUGCUGCGCUCCAAAGAGGCCAUGGCCACGGUGGACAUCAGGAACUGGCCCCCAGUCCUGGACACCGAUGACCUGCCAAAGAAGAAGCCUCCAGCUCUCUAUAAGCCCACCAACCCGGACGGCCUGGCCUAUCUGGACUUCAGCGUGUCGACGACCGGCAUGCUGGCCGGAGUUCAGAUGUCCCAUAAUGCAGUUGCAGCCUUCUGUCGGUCAGUGAAGCUGCAGUGUGAGCUGUACCCGUCCAGAGAAGUUGCCAUCUGUCUGGAUCCCUACUGUGGCCUCGGCUUCGUCCUCUGGUGUCUCUGCAGCGUGUAUUCUGGCCACCAGUCCAUCCUGAUCCCGCCGGUGGAGCUGGAGUCCAACCCAGCACUGUGGCUCCUGGCCGUCAGCCAGCUGAGGGUGCGAGACACCUUCUGCUCCUACAGCGUCAUGGAGCUCUGCACCAAAGGACUGGGCCUGCAGACCGAGGCGCUCAAGGCUCGGGGUCUGGAUCUGUCCCGGGUUCGAGCCUGUGUGGUGGUGGCGGAGGAGAGGCCCAGGAUGGCGCUCACACACUCUUUCUCUAAGCUCUUCAAAGACCUCGGCCUUCACCCGCGCUCUGUCAGCACAGCCUUCGGCUGCAGAGUCAACCUGGCCAUUUGCCUGCAGGGCACUUCAGGGCCGGACCCCACUACUGUGUACGUAGACAUGAGAGCGCUGCGUCACGACAGGGUUCGAUUAGUGGAGAGAGGUUCUCCUCACAGUCUCCCCUUGAUGGAGUCUGGCAAGAUCCUGCCCGGAGUUCGUAUCAUCAUCGCCAAUCCGGAGACCAAAGGACCGCUUGGAGACUCGCAUCUCGGAGAGAUCUGGGUUCACAGCGCUCAUAACGGCAGCGGUUACUACAGCGGUUACGGUGAGGAGGUUCUUCAGUCCGACCACUUCAACUCCAGACUCAGCUUCGGAGACACUCAGACCGUCUGGGCCAGGACGGGCUACCUGGGCUUCCUCCGCCGCACCGAGCUCACGGACGCCAACGGAGAGCGACACGAUGCUCUGUUCGUGGUGGGAGCUCUGGAGGAGGCCAUGGAGCUGAGAGGGAUGAGGUACCAUCCCAUCGACAUCGAGACCUCCGUCAUCCGCGCACACAAGAGCAUCGUGGAGUGUGCGGUCUUCCCCUGGACCAACCUGUUGGUGGUGGUGGUGGAGCUGGAGGGCUCUGAGCAGGAAGCCCUGGACCUUGUUCCCAUGGUGACAAAGGCGGUGCUGGAAGAGCACUACCUGAUCGUGGGCGUGGUCGUGGUGACGGACAUCGGCGUCAUCCCCAUCAACUCCCGCGGCGAGAAACAGCGCAUGCACCUCCGUGACGGCUUCUUACAAGACCAGCUAGACCCCAUCUACGUGGCCUACAACAUGUAGCCUGAGUGUGUGCGCGCGUGUGUGUCUGUGUGUGUUUAAGAGAGAGCGAGCAUGCGUUUGUAUGCUGUGCAUUUCGCCGUUGUUGUUCAUUUAUUUCCCAGAAUCAAGAUGUACUGUAUUUUUGAACCUGCAUAUGGUGUGGUCUUAAGUCGUCUGUUUUCUUUCUAGUUGUGUUGUGCUGGUUGAUUGGUUGAUUGAUUGCUCAGUGGUGUUGCGACCAUUUUUACACCCCCGCUUGAUCUCGUGACCGUUACCUGGAGCUUGUCACUGUAGAAAGCCUUAGGGGAACACUGUGUAGGGGGCGCCGGCUCCCGCCGUCACACUGCGUGUCGUUUUAGGAGGUAAACGUAGAGCGAGAGAAUGACUAGAGCCUGUACCUGUCAUCAUGUUUUACCGGUUGAAUUAAAAAAAUCCCGGAUUUGUGGUAUUAUUUCAAAUUAGAGCAGGGGCAGCCAGAUUAUUGUAAAAAUAUAAAUAUUGUACAUAGACAUAAUAAUCUAUAUGGAGAGGUACUUAAAACACAAUGAGGUGUAGUAGCCCCUUUAUGCAGCUCUCUCCGCCCACACCCUCUGCGCGUGUGAAGACUGUGUGUGUGUGUGUGUCUCUGUCUGUGUUCAUAUGUGCAACAGGGACAUUUUAUGUCGUUUCAAUGUGAAUCAAACACUGAUUUUAAACAGAUUUUUAUCCUGAGACGAUCAAAGAAGAGACAUUUAUGUGGAGACUGGAAACACACUGAAGACAUCCAAAAAACGGAGAGAAAUUCAAUGGCUGUGCGUGUUUUCGGUGUCCAAAGUCUGAGAAAAAAAUACACCGAUUUAUCUUUUUUGGAUCUAGUUAAGAAAGAUUUGCGUCUUUUUAUCUUGUGACCUUUCUGGCUAAAAAGAAAAUACCACAAAUGCAAUUUAAGCAGCUUUCUAUAAAGUGUCUAAUUUAAUGCAAACGUGCAGCAAAUUUUGUAACAUGCACAUUAAACGUCAAUGAUCAUCUUAGCUGUCAACCAGUCCUUCAGUUACCUUCCUGAAUUACUUGCAGUCCCUAUAGCACCCAAAGCAUGUCAAGCAAAGUGCACUGUGUGAAUAUCAAAGAAAUGUUAUUAUUAUCGUUAUUUAAAGGGAGUUUAAGGGAAAACUGUGCAUCAUAUGUCAAAGACAACAGCAUCAAGGUGUUGCUGCAGCAAUUUUACAUUUACUACCUUCUGACCAGCGGCCAGCAAGACUCAAAGGAAACAUUCAUUAUCUGUAAUAUUAUUAUUUUUUUCAAACUCACCAAAUUUGUAUGGGACACAAAAAAUCUGCCAAAACAAAUAAACGAAUAAAUAAAAUGUGAGAUUUAAUACAACGAAAAGAAAUGUUGUAUAAAAGCAUUUUAUGAAAUGUUUUAAUUUUCAAAACAAGACAAAACAUAGAAAUGAUAAAUAAAGUGGAAAAUUCUAACAGAAACAUAAAUUUAUUGAAGAAUUCAAAUGGAAAUUGAAUAUACAGGUGAAUAAACAUAGAAACAAGUUUAUGAUGAUGUAAUAAAGAUAAUAAAUGUCAACAUUUUUUAUUAGGUUUAAUCUCAUAUUAAUUCAUUUUUGAGAUACUGCUUUAUUGUUGACUUUGGCAGCUUUUGUCCUUCAUAUGUCCCAUAUGAACUGACACAAGAUGGCUAAUGAGAGAAAUUGGAUGAACAUAAUAAAAUAUAUAUAUAUGAUUUUGGCAGCUUUGGAUGGAGACAGGUAUUUGUUUUUGAAGGUAUCUUUGGUCCUCCAUAUAAAGAAAAUGGAUAAUUUUAAAAAUAACUGUGGCUCUCCAUACAUAUGAAUGGUUAAAUGGAUUGAAAAAAAUAUGCUGCAUAAAAUAUCCUUUUCCUGACAUUUAUAAUGAAAUCCACACGUCCUUGGGCCUUUUUUUAAUGGGCGAAUGUGCAAACUUGGGAGACAAUAAUCACUCUUACUUACAAAGUAAACACUUUUCCGUCUUAUUUCCAAAAAAGACGGGUGUACCCAAUCAUUAGUGCAGGUAAUAAAUCAAGUAGCUGCUUGCUGUCUGGGGAAGUAAAUGCAGAUGUAGCUGCAGUAACAUCUGGAGUCUGUUGGGACAAAGGGAACUCCAGAUAAAGUUUACAUAGAAAAGCUCCUAUUGUAGCAAUAAUCCCCCAGGGAUGUUCUUCACCGCAGGGAUUCAGCUGCUGCCUGUGUGCACUCUAGACAUAUGGGAUAAUUAUCUUUAAUGAUUGUUCCAGUAUUAUAAUCUCCCAACUUUAAACAUCAGACACACAGCUGUGUAACCUCUGUAUGUCGUGGAAUUCCCAAAGCUUUUUCAGGCCGGCUGCAUCACAGAAAACAAGAACGAAGUCUAAACAGACUUUUAGUGAUUUUUAUUGAGUGUAAACUGAAUGAACUGAGAGGAAACAUGGAUCUAAUGUGUUUAUGGCCAAACUGAAAUGUUACUGUGUUGUUGUCUGUAUUAAAGUCGUCGCUCAAAGUACGAUUACAAAAUAAUUCUGCCUCUGUUAUUAUAUGUGAGUGCAGACGAUAUAUGUGAAAGUUUAAUAUGAGCAUCCACCAGUGUUUGGCAGCAAGUGCAGAAUUAAUAAUAUAUCAGACAACAAACAUUUCCAAAAGUUAACACCUCAAAAAAAGGAAAAGUAACGAGUCCCACAGCAAAGUGAAGAAUCCCUGGUAGAAAACAUCCUCGGAGCUUUGGUACAACAGCUACCACCUGAUGUGCACUGACUUAGACACUUCCUCAUAUGUACUGAGGGUAUAUAAAAUUUAAAGAUAGAUAGUUUAAUAACUCUAUGAAAAGCUUUUAAAAUAAUGUAUAUCAGUUCACGCCGAGACUCUUGGCUAACUGUGACCUAUGGAAGGGUUGAAACCUGCGAGACACUCCGCAGGUUGUAUAAAAGGUUUUAUUCAGAGCGUUGCCGUUGUUUAGAGGAAACAGUGAAGCGUCGUUUGUUUACAUCCCCGUGGCUGAAUCACGUGUGACAUCAUCUCAUCGCUCUUCUUCUUCUUUGUUUCACUUUGAGUUUUCUCAUCAGUUUUCCUCCACAUGUUUAUGAGCAGAAAACUUAUUUUUAUGCAUAUCAGAAGUUGCUUAGCGCUUGUUUGGAUAACUUAGCAGUUUGGAUUUGUUAGUAGCACCGUAGCGGUCAUGUUUCAGUCCCUGGAUGUGUGUGUGUGUGUGUGUGUGUGUGUGUGUGUGUGUGUGUGUGUGUGUGUGUGUGAGAGAGAGGUGGAUAAUGUAGGUCAAGACGGAAACCCCAUCGGAAACUCGGAGGACUCAUCUCGGGGAUUGAUGGGAGGGAGACUGCAUGGUGUGUGUGUGUGUGUGUGUCUGGGUGUGUGCGUGUUAGGUGUGUGUGUGUAUAUUGUGUGUAAAUAGUGUUGAUUUUGUACGGUACAAGUGUGUGUGUGACUUGUUUUGUACACAUGAUAAAAAGAUUAAAUGACACUUUUAUAAGAGCCUGCUACUGGCUCACCGUCACACUAUACAGUGCAAUAAAGUGCUUUGA